AUUUUGUCAAAUUUGGAAAAGAAUCUACCAAUUGAAACGAAGAAAUUCCACCAAAUGGAAGUCAAUCCAGGGAAUUGUGAUGUUCAACAAAAUAUUUAGAUUUUCAGACAUAGACAACAUCGUCAGAUCGCCGUCGUUUACCGGAACCGGUCAAGUCCUCGUUAUCAUUUGCAGCCUAUAUAAAUUCACUCGCACCGAAAUCUCAGAUUACCCUUGUCCAUCUCACAGCGAAAUCUGAUUCCUUUUUCCAGCUUCGAGUUCGGUUCGGAUACGAUGUGCUACGAGGUUAAGUGCUCGACGUGCGGAAAGACUACCUGGGGUGGCUGCGGAAGGCACGUUCCUUCCGUUUACAAGCGCAUACCGGAAGGCCAGCACUGUCUCUGCCGUGAUUGGCCCGGCGUCACCGGCGUCACCGGCGUCACUGGCGACGCCCCUCCUCAGCCCUCCAGUUUUUGUUCUAUUCUGUAAUAUAGUCGUUGUCUUGUUGUUUCUUUAUUACUAUCAAUAAUCUGCGAUGUAGUGAUUGUCCUGUAGUUGCUUUGUUCCUACCAGUAAUACUGUUCCUUUGCUAUAAAUUAAAAAAUAUUUCUGUAACUGCUUGAAAUGUCUGAACAAGAAAUUAUUAGUAUAAUA